CCGUCGUUCAAAUGUCGGUGAGAGCCAAUCAGAGGCGUCCAGAUCACAGCUUCCGAUUUAUUUGCGGAAGAGAAGAUGGCGGCCGCGAGGAACGGGAAGAGCGGACUGCUGGAGAAAUGGAGGAUCGAUGAGAAACCCGUGAAGAUCGAUAAGUGGGACGGAGCAGCUGUGAAGAACUCUCUGGAUGACGCUGCGAAGAAGGUGCUGCUGGAGAAGUUCGGUUACGUGGAGAACUUCAAUCUGGUGGACGGCCGUCUGUUUAUCUGCACCGUCUCCUGCCUGUUCGCCAUGUUGGCUCUGGUCUGGGACUUCCUGCACCCCUUCCCUGAGUCCAGACCGGUCCUCGCCUGCUGCGUCGUCUCGUACUUCAUCAUGAUGGGCAUCCUGACUCUCUACACCUCCUACCGAGAGAAGAACAUCUUCCUGGUGGCCCUGCAGAAAGAUCCAGCUGGGAUGGAUCCAGAUCACACCUGGCAGCUCUCCUCCUCCCUCAAACGGUUCGACGACAUGUACACGCUCAGACUUUCCUUCGCCGACGGGAACUCGAAGAAGUGGAGGGAGGCCGAGUUCACCAAGUCGGUGUCGGUGUUCUUCGACGAGAGCGGCACGCUGGUGAUGGACCAGUUCGAAAAGGCUGUUUCUAAACUCCACGACACGCUGGCCACGGACAAGAAGACCAAAUAACACCCUGAAUAUCAUCCUCGCUCCUCACAGCUCGUUGCUUUCACUUCAUUUCCAACGGCAGAGAGAGAAGAACCCGUCACGCUUCCUUUAUUCUGCUGGGGGUGCGUUCAGGGACGCUCGGAGAUCUGAGUGGAACCAGCUGUUGUUAAAUAAUCUCCUGAAUUGAUUUGUUGUGAGAUGAUGAUGACGUCACAUUGAGAGUGAUAAACAGGAAGUGAUAUAUAAAAUGUCUGUAAAACUUUUCUAAAAGCACAGAAACGUUUGAUUUGACGAGAAUUCUCACCUGAAGAUGAUCAGAUAGACGGCGCUUUUUGUCUUCUUCCAAAAUAUAGGUCACGUUGGGUUUGUUGGGUCCCGCUCUGGGGGCCUUCAGCGGGCCCCGCUCCCUCCGUUUCUCUCUCUGUAGGUAAAUUUCCCUGAAAUGAAGUGAAACCAACGAACUGUGAACAGGAAGUCUCUGUCAGGUUCUAGAGUUCGGGCCCCUGAGGCAGCUCUCUGUUCAGUUAAAUGUUUUAUUUGACGUGUUUGACGUGACGGCGAACUGAUGCUUUUAUUUUAUACGUUUUUCUUUUGUCUUUUUAAAGUUUGAAUUAGUUUCCAGUGUGGGGUGGGGGGGGGUUGACGGAGACGUUUUUCAGCCGUUCGUUGGAUCGUCUGUUUCUUGUUUCAUCUGAGCAGCGACAGUGUUGGUUCAGGAGCUCGUCAGUAUUUCUGUGUGGAGUUUUCCUCGCAGCAGGAAGUGGACUGAAUGUUGACUGAACUUUCAUUCUUCUUGUGUCCCAUGAUUCUCUUCUUCUCCUUCUUCUCUGUAACUGCUCAAACAUUAAAGAUGGAUUUUGUUCCCAGAAGA